UGAGGCUUCAGCGCGGGCGGGAGAUCUGCGCCAAGCUUCGCGAGCUUCGGGAAAGGAACGUCGUCGAUCGCAGACGAAGCACGUCCUGCCACGUCGUGCGUGGGCUGAGCGACCAAACUGACCACUUGUCCCUCCAUGCUGAGCAUCCCGAAACAGUAUGAGGUCUUUCUAGGCGACCGCUUUGACGCAAACGCCUACGCGGCUGCUAUCCUCAAUGGACAGCCUUACCGCUCCUCCUCAAGCGCUUUGGUCGACAAUCCGCCUGCUGCUGCUGCUCCAGACAGGCAGAGGCAAGCGCGCGAGGACGUCACGGCAGCUUUGAAUCGGCUAAAUGCGGGCAUUGAUGACCUCAAUCGUCAAAUCAAGGAUCAGGUCGCUCGGCAUCACGAUGAGCUCCUGUCGCAGGCGGCGCGGGUCACCACAGUCGAUGAAAGCUUACGUCAAGUAAGACAAGGCCUAUCCGAAGUCGAAGGAGGCAUCUCGAGGCUACAGCGUAAGAUACAGACGCCGUACGAACAGCUUUCGGCCGCGUUGGAUCAGCUUGACAGGUUAAGACGCGCUUCUUCGCUGGUCAGAAGCACAGAUCGUUUCUUGACCUUGGCCAGGCGACUGGACUCACUGAUGUCCGACUGGGAGGCUUCGACGUCGUCAGAUAUACCCAAAACUCUCAAAAACGAACGCCUGCAGACUCUUGUGCCAGAAGCUGCACUCUCGCUGACCAAGCUCGAGCGUCUGACUAACACAACCUCGGAUGCGACCAUUGAUGAAGAUGAGCAACAGAAUGUGAUGACGGUCAGAACGGUCGCUCAGCUUUCGCCACGCAUCGCAGAAUCUCGUGAAAAGGUCGUCCGCCAGAUGGAAGACAUGAUACAAGACGGCCUGGCCAAUCUGGAUCACGCGAUGCUGGGAGCUGCGCUACAAGCUGCACACAAUUUCGGGCUCAUGUCGACGAUUGUCACCACUCUGAUCGUGGACCUGUCUGAUGCGAUUGCGUCUCGCAUACGGAAUGCCUUUGAUGUGGCUAGUAUGGCCAAGGAAGCUGGCGCGACAGACGCUCCUUCUGGUCUGUCGGCCGCGCCUGCCUUUGUCUACAAGUCUCGUGCGCGGACAGAGCCGACGCCUCAGAAUCUCGCCCAAUUCUCGCAGGCGCUAUGGGGUCGACUACAGAGUCUGACAGACGAUAUGGCUGGCUGUUGCAUUAAAGUCUACACUCUAGAGAAAGUCAUGAAAUACAAGCAAAGCCCAGAAACGCAGAAGACAUUUCUGGAAGAAGCAAUGAGGACGCUAGAGCAGCGACCUACGCAUACAUUUUGGACCACACUUUCGCAAAUGCUUGAACGACAAUCGAACGAAGCAUCCAGUGCGUCCGGUUUCGUGCAGCAGACACUUAGCGCGAGCUAUCCCCGCCUUUUGCGCCUGAUGCACACUUUUCUAUCGACGGUAUCUCUUGCCACAGAUUCAACCUAUACGUCGACGCAACAGACUCCAGAGACAGUCUUGCUUAUUCGCGCAUUGGGCGUCUUCGAGGUCCAAUAUAUCUCUAAAGCGACUACAAGGAUGAGCGAAGCACUGUCAGCCGCAGUAGCCGGUGGCUCGAGAUCGCCGCCUGGCGCAAGAGAGGGCCUCGCGCUCGCGAGAUCGUUGCUCAAUGAGCUCGAUGUUGCGCGCUUUGACCCUCUGUUAGUAGUGUCGAUGGCGAAAGCGGCGGGCCAGAUCGCAGAAAACUUCACAAGACGGACAGAAAGUAUGACUCAAAGAGAUCCCAUGUCGAUCACGAUGACGAGCAACAGGAUCAAUCAAGCCCAGUCCAUCAAUGUCGAGCUCACUAAUGCGCUGUACCACUUCUACAUGCCUCUGAAUCAAGCUCUCGACCAGUCUCUGCAGUCCGUCAAGCAGCUUUUGCUGACUAGUGUGAGUCGCGCACAGCGGCAGGCGCAAAGUACUCUCGGUCCGCUCUGGCAGAUGCUUCGGCAGGAGCUUCGCGAUUACCUCAGCCGUCUGCACGAUGAGAACUUUGCCAAGACUGCAAAUGAAGUGCAAGCUGGCGGAGACCCUAGCCGACCGAUGACGACUGUCCUUGAGAUCCUGACAUUUUCACGAGAUCUGCUGGCAAGCUUGCGAUGCGAUGCACUCAGACGCGAGUGGGCACUUGACCUGGCGCGCUUCACCGUCCGGCGGUUCUCGGUCCAUAUCGCUUUGUUGCGGCCGGUCAACGAGUCUGGCCAAUUACAGAUCGCGACGGAUAUGACCUCUUUGGAGUUCUCCGUCAGUCAGCUACUUGGCGAAUCGCGACUUUCGCUUGGCGAUCUAGGGCAAGACUUUAACGAUUUGCGCGCUCUACGUCCUCUCAUCUUUACGCCUUCGGAGCAGCUUAGUACCUCCGAGACGGAGGGCAACUUGAAAGAGCUGACGCUGUUGCUCGCAAUGGCACGCUCUGAUGUGCCUUUGCCGCAUAGUCUCUCAAGAACCCCAAUCAGUCAAUUCGUUGAUCAGUAUCUUCAGGCUUCCAGCGACGACCGGGCCCAACUCGUCACAAGUACUCUUGCGGCAGCGGAAGCUGAUUACGCAGACUCAGUAGCGAGGCUGCGAACCAUGUUGUAGCAACACAAGCAUUUCAUUUGGUGGUCAGAGUCGGCACAUGAUCCCUUGC